UCGGAGGCGCGGGGGGAGUGUAUUCCCACAGACAUAGGAAGUGGAGAGCGGCCGCGGCAGCGCUCCUGGAGCUGGAGCUAGGCAGUGUUGGCACUGCUCGUGUUGCAUGCAGUGACGUUUCUGCCAGGUUUGCCCUGCUGCCGCCGAACGCGAAAACCUGCCCGGGGGCCGAGGACGCGAUGCCCCGGUGAGACCUGCCGCUGCUUCCCUAUGGCUUGAUCGCCGCGUCGCCUCCCCCCCUCCCCACCACCCCCGUCGUGUGCCUUCCGUAGCCUGUCCGCCGGGCCCGACGAUGUGCCCGUCGCCGUCCCGGGGCACGCAGCACCCCCGCUCCGCUGCCCGCCUGCUCCUGCUGGCGAGCUGCCUGCUCCUGCCGGCUCGGGUCUCCGGGUCCCAGGGAGACAAGGAGCCGUUUUAUCGGGAUUGUGUCAAGCAGUGUGUCCGAACCAACUGCACCGGAUCUCGGCUCAGGGGGUUCGAGUCCUCGCAGCCCCACUACAUGGCUCUGACCGGCUGGACCUGCCGCGAUGACUGCCGCUACCAGUGCAUGUGGACCACGGUGGGGCUGUACCAAGCCGAGGGCUACAGGGUGCCCCAGUUCCACGGCAAGUGGCCGUUCACACGGUUCCUGUGUUUCGAGGAGCCGGCCUCGGCCCUGGCGUCUCUCCUGAACGGGCUGGCCUGCCUGCUCAUGCUGCUCCGAUACCGCAGCGCCGUGCCGCGCCAGUCACCCAUGUACCACACCACCACCGCCUUCUCUCUGGUGUCUCUGAAUGCCUGGUUCUGGUCCACAGUGUUCCACACACGGGACACCUAUCUAACCGAGAAAAUGGAUUACUUCUGCGCGUCGGCCGUCAUCCUUUACUCCAUCUACCUGUGCUGUGUGAGGACGCUGGGACUGCGCCGCCCCGGCCUGUCCAGUGUGGUGGGCGUGGUGCUGAUCCUGGCCUUCACCUCGCACGUCUCCUAUCUCACCUUCGUCCGCUUCGACUACGGCUACAACAUGGCCGCCAACGCUACCAUCGGUGAGGAAGAGGGAGGGAGGAGGCUUGGGGGGGGGGGAUUGUGGCAGUGGACUCUGUGAGAGGAACAGUCUACA